UAAUAACAUCAUUAAUAUUUUUCCAUAAAACAAAGAAAAUUUUUUUUUUUAAUUAGCUCAGUUACAGAUCACACAACAGAAUGAUGUUCAAAGUAAAUGAAAAAGGAAUAAAAAUGCUUCAUACGAUACUUAUUGGUUGCUUAACUUUAACACAAGUGUUGGGACAACUUUCUGAGCCCAUGAAUGAUGAUAAACAAAUAUUUGACAGAGAUAUUUUUAAAAAUGCUUUUCAGUCAAUAGUUGAAAUAAAUGAUGAAAAUGGAAAAUUUUCAAUACUAGAAUAUGAAUAUAAUGACCCUGAUAAUAAACGGGAUGCAAUAAUACAAUUUGCGGAUAAAAACACUUCAAGGAUUAUCCAAUACAAAGAUUUCAAACAAGUCCUAUUUAUAUCUGAUGGUAAACGUCAAUGCAAAGUAUCUGGUAUUUCACCAAUAAACGGUACCUACCCCUUUGGAGAAAUAAAUUUGUCAAACAAGAAGUUUAUUUACCGCUCAUCAAGUGUUAUGAAAUUACUAGCCAAUUCACGAAUGUUCUCCAGUGGAAAAAAUAUCAUAAGGGGAAUACCUGUAAAAACUUUUGUUGCAAAUAUUGAGUGGCAAUCCACAAAAUUUAAACUGACUAUGAAUUUUGCUGCAAAUGAAUGGAUAAAUAUUGGAGGUGUUGCUGGAAGUCCCAUUCGUUUUACCUUGGAACAAACAGGUGUAAAACAAGGCCUGAACCAUACCUAUGAAUAUCAUUCUUUUUUUAAAAGUAUUCAAGACAAUUCAGAGACUGUUUUUGAGUCACCAAAAGGAAUUGUAUGCCCAGGUAGAAAGAGUAACAUGAGCCUUCCAGAUCUACCACCAACAUUUUCAGCAAGCAUUGAGCUUACAUCUGACUCUCAAGUAAAAAUUAUUGAUGUGUCCUAUAGUAAACCAGAUCAAUUAUUGAGAAUUGACUAUCAGCCUGGAGGCAAUGAGGAUAGCCCUCAUCCAGAGUUUGUGAACACAAUAUCAGAAAUAUAUGAUUAUAAUGCAGGCAUUCGAUACUUGAGAAAUCAUGUGCUUGGAAAUUGUUCAACAUCAAAAAUUAAAAACUCAUCACUUGCAGAUGAAAAACAGAUGUUAGGAGAGGCACCAUAUGAAGGAUACCUUAUUAGGAGCAUAAUGCAAAGUUUCAUCCAAAAAAAAGACUUUGAAUAUGUUGGAUUGAGAACAAUUCGGAAUAUCGAUUGUUUUGUGUUUGCUGCUCAUAAAAAACAGUUUAUGCUUGAAGAUGGCUCACCAGAAUCUGCAACUUGUGAAAUUUAUUUAUCAUCUAAUGACUGGACAGUUUUACCUGAUAAAAGUGGACAAGCAACUGUAAAUUAUCCUGUAAUGGUUAAUUUAGACACGGCUGACAUAUCAUAUCAACUUAGCUUCAUUGAUUUUUCGGGUCAGCAAAAAGAGACUGACGUAUCAUCUUGUUAUGAAGCAAGUAAAAAGAUGCAUAUUUCAAUACUUUUGAGUGGUAACUACAUCAAAUCUACAAAAGAGGUAAUUGAAACACUAGGGAAAGCAAUGAUUCGGAAACUUUUGAGCAUUGAUGCUCUUCAAAUACAAAAUGUUCAAUUGUCUUACGAUGCUAACUUAAUGUAUUUAUAUGCAAGUAUCCUGGACAAUACACCUGAAGGAACUAAAAGUCAAGGUUCUACUCUUCGAACGGCAUUUCAAACAUUAAGUAGUGCAAUUGCUCAGAGGGAGUUCAUCUUUACUGUUAGUGUUGGAAAUAUUAAAGCAGAAUACAUAGGUCUACAUGUUAGACUGGAUGCAGGAAAACUCUAUAAGGCAAAACUUCCAAAUUUUGAUGAUAAUUUUCGGUACCAAUCAGAAAUUGUAACACCCAGUAAGAACAAUAUUGAACUAGUAAAAAUAUUUUACGAUAGAUCGAAAAAUUUAUCAAGGUUCGAUGUAAACCAAAAUCACUGUGCAAAUUUAUGCAGUGGACCAUCAGAUGUUAUACAAGAUUUUACAAGAGGUGUUUCCUAUGUGAUAGACAAAUUUAAUGGAUCCUGCCAAAUUCAACCUCUUUUCCAAGCUUUUGAUGUGUCACAAAGCAGAAUGGAAAGUGGUGCACAGUUGUUCUAUUUUGACAAAACAUAUAAGUAUGUUGGCCAACAACAUGUUCGUGGUAUGUUGACAAAUAUCUUUGAAUCCUAUGUGGCUUCAUUUCAAAAUAACCUCUUUCGCUUCUACUUUCUGGAUGAAGGUUGGAGUGGUAGUCCAUUCUCUGUACCAGUGAAAUUGGAAAUUGUGUCAGAUGGCAGUAACUUCUAUAGAACUGAUAACUAUUUCGAAUUUCUUGAUGAUAUUUUGAUGUCGGCAUUUGAUAUUUCUUCAUGCUACAGAGAAAACAACAAAAUAACUGAUUUACAAAUAACAUUUAAAGGAGCAUACAAACUAAGAUCAGUAAAUUUUAUUAUAGCAGCAGUAAAUAAGAUAAUUGAUUUUACACAUCUACCUCUCAUAAAUAUUCAAAAUCCUGAGCUUUCUUAUGAUGAGGACAAAACAUAUUUCAGAUUCUCUUUAAUUGAUCCAAGUCCACAGCCUAUUGAAUUAUUCACUGUUAAAUCAAAUCUUAAGCCUAAUCCAAAUCUUAAGGCAAAGACACAAUUAAAAAUACAGACUCCAAAUGAAUGUGCAUCUUCAUGUAUUAAAAACAACUGUAAGGCAUUUACAUAUUGUAAAGGAAGGAAAGUGUGCCAGUUAUUCACUGAAUCACCUACAAACAACCAAGAUUCUGACGACUGUAAUAUAUAUACCAAAACUAAGGAACAGAAAAGUAACUCUUUAUCCAGCGAUCAAGUUUUAAGGGAUUUGAACUCACUUAUUCAUUCUGGAACAUUUGAAAUCAGUUUCACUGUGGACACAGAACAACACUUCACAGCUGUAUCUAUGUUAAGCAACAUUGAUCGGUCAAACUCAAAAAGUGUUUCUUCUGUUCAAAAUAUGAAGAUGUUCACAAAGCUGAGUAAAAGUGGAACUUUGAAAUCUAGUGGGCCUUUCUUUAAGCAAGUAUCAGUGGAUGAUUGUGCUAACUUAUGCAUUAAUAAUGAAAUGCUAAAUUGUGAAGCCUUCACUUAUUGUUACCUGAAAGGUAUUUGUUUUUUGAGUGAUAUACACCCAAAUGAUACCAAUGUUCAACCAAUGGAUGCUUGCAAUAUUUUUCAACGGAAUUAUGCUAACAUGUUUGAUCAAAUUCCGGGAAAGACAUUUCCAAUGAAAGGGAAUGUAUUGUCUGUCAUUGUCCAGAGUGCUGAUGUUUGUGCUAAAAGUUGUAUUGAUAAGGGACUCAAAUCAUGCCAAUCGUUUGAAUAUUGUCCCUCUAAAGAAAUGUGUACUUUAAGUUCUCGACAUGUAAUGGAUGUACCUUCAACAGAUAUUAUUACCACAGAGAUUUGCAACUUGUACACUGUUUCUCCUCUUCAACACUUUGUACAUUCAACGACAAAGAUGGAAAAGCUUAACAGUAAUUUAUUGGUAAAAAAUAUAUCUCUAAAAGCAUGUGCAAAGCUAUGUAUGGAAGAUGAAGGAUAUGGUUGUAUCAGCUUUAACUAUUGUCCAGUAACAUCAAUAUGUCAAAUAACAGGAGCUAAUCAAAAGACAAUUAAUAUUGAAGCAAAUAUUGUGGCAAAUUGUUCACAUUAUAUAAGACUUGAUCCACCUUCUCCAGUGGCUUCAAAGAUGAUUGAAAAAAGUGGAAACAAAGGUAAACUUAUUACCCUUGGCUUUGGUACAUUUAUAAUUGGAUGUCUACUAGGAUUAAUCACAAUCUUUUUAAUUCACAAGAAUGCCUGUACUGUAAAAGACGACCCAAUGAAAGUAAAUUUUUAUAAACUGGACAAAAUAUAAAUCAAAAUGUAAAUCAAGUUUGAUCAAAUUACCUAAUAAAGAUUUUUAUACGAUU